UCGGGGCGCGAUGGUGGGGCGGCUCAGCUUGCAGGAGGUGCCGGAUUUGCCCGACGCCAAGCGGCGCGCCGAGCGGCCGCUCGAUAGCCCGGAUUCCGGCCUGCCGCCCAGCCCCAGCCCCGCCAACUGGCUGCCCGCGGCCGGCGGCUCCGAGCGGGGACUCGCCAACGGGCUGCCGGAGCCGGAGCCGGAGCCGGCCGGGGCGGCGGCAGCUAGUAAGGCUCCAGACGGGAACUCUUCCUCUCCUAACCCUCCGCCUCCGGGAUGCACUUCACGGUUGUGUCUUCUGUCAUUUGGUGAAGGAGUGGAGUUUGACCCUUUACCUCCCAAGGAUAUAAGGUACACCUCUUCGGUGAAAUACGAUUCGGAGAAGCACUUCAUUAAUAAUGUUCAUAUGCCGAUGGGGCUUGGGAUGUCCUCUUGCAGCCAGACGGUCAUCUGUGUUCCUGACAGCACAUGGCGAAGCUACAAAGCUGAGCUGCACUUCGAGCCUCGCCCCAAACCCAGGCAUUUCGCCAGCACCACCAUUGUCUACCCCAAGCACACCAAGACUGUGUACACCACCACACUGGAUUACAAUUGCAAGAAGGUCGUGCGGCGGUUUUUGUCCAGCGUGGAGUUGGAGUCCACGGAGCGCUCUGGCAGGGAUUACAACCUUGAUGAUUCCUGACUGUUCUCUUUAGCCAUCUAUUUCCAUGGUCUCAUUCUAGAUGAAAAGGAGUGGCAGCUUUUGACUGUUUUGCCACUUGAAUGAAUUUCAUCUGUAGCUACCUCUGCCCCGGUGCGUACCUUCAGCUGGAACAAUCCUGUUGGCCUGCACUAAUUCUUGUUCAUAGGAAUGUAAUUUUUUUCCCCUCAAGGAAAAAGUUUCCUUUUUGAUGCUACAGUUCUUAUCACAGUUUUGCCUCAUAUGUGAUGGAAAAUAAGGAAAUCUUCUCAAGAAGAAAAUUAAUUUGCUUUCACCGCCUGGGACAUGGGAUAGCAGCCUUUCGCUGAAAAACAAACCUUGAAUUGACUUUGAAGUGGGGAAACCUUGAUGGUUGUCUUGGCAUUAAAGAUUUUUUUGUUGUUGGAAAAAACUCUUCUGCUUAGAAUAUCCAAAGCCAUAAUUUAUUUUUACUUGUCACAUAACUUCACUCACUAUGUAAAAGUAUAAAACUCUUAAGUUUGCUGGGGCAGGCUAAUCAGGGGACAGACCAGUUUUUGAUGGAUGUCGUUCUUUUAAAUUUUUCCAGAAAUAAGCUUUACACCUUCGUUUGUUUGUUCUUCCCAUUUGCUUGGUUCUUUGAAAAAUUAAUUUUGAUUAGACAGCCGUUUCAAGUAGUUUUGCAUUAACCUGAUACGCCUUACUCUUUAUCUGUCUCCUUGCCUAGUUAUUAUACAGGAUUUUCUCCUUUUCAGUUAAUUUACUGAUCUUUUGCCCAACUGUUUGCUGUGGUUCAGUGUACCAGAGGUUUUGUGUAGCCAGUUUUUAUAAAACUAAAAAUGAUCGUGGGAACAUCAGGAUUCAGGAAUGCUUUUUAAAAAUGCACAAUUUUGUGGACAUAGCUCUUCAAAAUUGCCAUAACUAUUUGCAGUAGCACUUUAAACACUGAGAGCAAAGGUGGGAGAAUGUUAGACAGUCUCCUCUUUGACCAAAGGGGAAAAGUUAAAUACGUGUUCUAUAAACAUUGCUGAAAAAUAGGAGUGAGUUGUGGGAAAGUGUUCUAGGGGAGUGAAUAGAAUUCAGUUUAGGCGAGAGGUUAAUGUAGGAUUCUAGCUAUGAUGAUGUGGGUGGAACACCCACAGGUGGGCUUCAGUUAAGUUGCUUCUUGCAAGUGGUAAGUGUUGAGAGGUAUUUUAUGGUUUCCUCUGCAGAGCCCCAAGGGGGAGGUCAAAGUUGUUGCAUGAUGAGAAAGGAAAAUUAUUUUAACUAUUUGCUAUCAUCUCUAAUUUUUGUUUUUGCUCCACCAUAUGGAGUGGGUUAUACACACCUUUUCACCAUCACCAAGCGAGUCUUGAACUGCUAUUUCUACAGCCAAAACAGUACUAGUUUCUGGAAGCCAUGAGUACAACUUGCAAAAAAGCUUCCAUAUUUUCUCCAAUGCAUGGUGCAAACGAAUUGCUCGCUGACUGCAGAGAGUUUGAUGAGUUACCUGUGGUUUUUGGACCAGAGCAAAAGCAUUUUUUGGAACUAUCCUGUAUUUCACUGAGUUGGGAGGAAAAAUUCUUUGCCACAAGGCAUGUCAUUCCUUGAAGAAUGGCUUUUUAAGGGGUUACCAGAGAUUUAACAGUCUGAUUGUGUCCUUUCUUCUUGGAAUCCAGCAGUUCUUGGGAAAUGCUUAGAAUGGAAGCGCUACACAAACACUUGUGGUACAGUGAAUCAUGUGGAUAUAUGAAAUUGUCUUAUACCAAGUCAGAGCAUUAGUCCAUCUAGCUCAGUUUUGUCUGCUCUUGGCAGCAGUUCUCCAGUGUCUGUGGUAUAGAAAGGUCUUCCCCAGCAUCUACUACCUGAGGCCCUUAAGUGGGGUAUGGCAAUUGAAUCUGGGAUAUCUGUUGUGCAAGGUGGUGCCAAAGCCUCUCCCAAGGGUUCCUUUUUAAAAAAUAAUAUACAAAAGUUGCUUGGGAAAUUGAUGUGGGAGACAAGCGACCGCAUUUCCCUAGCAGCUAUAACAUGCAGUGUGUGAGAAUAGCAAAAGCAUUAUAUGAAAGAGCCAUAGGUUACAUGAUAGAGGUGCAACCAAGAGAGCGCAUCUGUAUUCCUGACUACCAAAGGGUUGUCUCAGAUAAGAGUGUAGCUUUCACUGACCAGGAGUUAGAACUUCUUCACUCAGGCAGUUCCCAUUUUGUUACCAAAGAAAGAAAAAGGGGAGUGCAAGAUGUCCAGUAUGAAGCAAGAAUUUUCCUAUGCGAGAGCAGUAAAGCAUACAUACAGGCCCUGUGUGUGGAAUAUGUUCAGGUUUCAAAGUCUUUGUGUUUUCUGCCUGCAAAACUUGAAUGGGGGGGAGUUUGUUGAAGAAUUGUUGAUCCAUUAAGAAAACAUUGUGCUGAGUAAUAUUUUUAGAAGGAAGAAUUUGCAGGAUUUUAACCCUUUGGUCUAGUAUUAAGUUUGUAAUAGUAACACGUCACUAUAGCAAGGUCUGGGCCAGUGCUCAAACUGUGCUUUUGUGUGGAUUAUCUUGCAGAUAUUUGAAUGAUCUCCAGCUGCUUCUGGGUGAUACUUUAGCUUGCAAGAAAUCAGUAGAGAACUUAUUAAAUAGAAGGGCUUCCCGGAAUCACCUGGUUGGCCAUUGCCGGAAACAAGAGGUUGAACUAGACCAGUGGUGAUCAGAUCCAGGUGUUCUUAAAGGGACGUCGGCCAUGCUGUAAUAGACACCUUGGGUCUGUUUCACCUGUAACUUCCUUUGACAUCUGAAGUUGCCUCUACAACUGUUGACAUGUUUCUUGGCAUCACAGAAAUGGAGAUAUUAUUCUGCGAUAGAUAGAACAUAGGAUUCUUCUGGGCUUGCUUUUCUGGAAACUCACUAAUAAAAGCCUCAUACUUUCAAAAACCAUCCUAGCCUUUGGUUCUAUCAGUAGAUUAACAUGGUUGGUCUUAAAUAUUAUCUUUUUAAAUGAAAAAGUGUUUUAAAAUGGCGUCAAUACACGACAAAAAAAAGUUAACUUAUAUUGCUGCGUUCUUGGGAACACCUGGUCACCACUUUAUGUAGAUUCUGUGAUGUAAUUUCUACCACCCAUGUUACUUUUAAAUUUGCUUUAAUUUUCUCUUUUUUAAAACUAGCAAUAAAUGGUCCAUAAUUCUGAAGA